AGUGAAAUAUCGCAGAAAGCUCGUGGACAGUCAGAGUGUAUGGACGUCUCUGUGUUGCGCCUUUUUCAUGUGGAGUGUCUCAUUUAAUUUCUAACGUCUUUCCGUUGUUGAAUCUCCACGAAAGCACCUUCGAGGAAAAUUUGUUUAGUGUCACAGUUCAAAAGGCUGGAUAAGCUGUAAUUGUGCCAAUAUUGGGUCUCGCACAAAGACCUGUUGAGUUGUUGUAAGAGGAAAAAUUGUGAGCGAUUUUUUUUUGGGAAGUUUGUCGAUUCCGGUUGGGGGAAUUUUGCAACAUCAACUACGUCACUAUUCAUCAUCUCCGUCUUUAACAUAUCAGCAGAGAAGUCAGUGUAUGUUUUACUGUGAACGAGCUCUAUACGAAAAAAAAUAUCAACCUUGACUGUAUACAGAGUUAACAAUUCUCCAGCUCUAUUGCUCAGUUUUUUUUCUCCUUCUUCGUGUGGACUAUUGAUAGACAAAUUCCACCAAUACAGUGCUUUCUCAGUGAAUUUGUGUGUUGUUUUGAUAAGAGAAAGCCAAUAUCCACGACUUUGAUGACGACACGCAGUGCUCGCUGUGAGGUACUGAUUAGUGCCCAGUAAUAGCUUCGCUCUCCGCCUCGCCGUGACCGCCUCAAGUUCAGGGGGUGACUAGAGAAUUCCAAGAUCCGUGGCAGAGUGUCUCGAGCGUCGAGGAAAACGUACUUUUCGCCUAAUGAGCUAUGUAAUUGGCAGGCCUGGCUUAAUGGAGAGGCUGCCCUGAGUAAAUAGCGAAGGCGUGCAGUUGUGUGAGGUGCCACAGUGCCCGGUCGCAGUGUUAUCGGCAGUGACCGAGUCCACCAUCUGAUCGACAGCGUACGCACACUCGAUCGCGACUCUGCCUCGCGGACACCGAUUGCCAACACCUACGAGCGGUGGGAGCCGAUCAGCGUGUAUGCGUGCCACGGGGAGCCGCAUAAAUCCAGUUGAGCGGGAAUAUCGCUGAAAGUUUGUGGCAGAAGGAGCCACUGAUACUCUUCGAGAGAUCGGCAAGAAAAUCAGACAUUUUUUGGUGGUGGUGCUUCACAUGUUGGAUAAUUACACUUUUUAAAUGUGAGCCGCAAGUUAGAAUUGUUAGACAAAAGUGCCAUUUUUACGUGUGUUUGCAAAUGUUUAGACUCUGUUCUCGUUGUUCUCGCCUCUAAUUUGCCAUCAAAUUUAGAGGGUGAUGAAGCAAAGCAAAAUGAGUGUUAAUUUUGUGAUGUUGCUGUAAGAAAAGUUUAUCGUGAUACUUGAGAAAGAGAAUCAAGACGUGGUAAAGGAAGAAAAAAAAUUGUUGUCCAAUUUGUUGGAGCUUUGUUACUUGGGAUAGAAGUUUUGGGUCUUGGUCAAUAGUUUGAAGCUGCUCUCUUACUGUCGCAAAAUCACCUGAAUUUCCGAGAUCAUCUGCUCAACACAAAUCACAGAGAUGGAUCAAGAUGAAAUAGGAGACGUUCCACUUAACUUGGACAAUGCAAUAUAUCUACAGGAUGAGAAUUCACAGAUCAAUAUAAGUGAUGUCAUUGAAGUUAUCCAAACAACGGAUCCUGCAUCAGCAUCAGCAAUGUUUAAGAACGGGGAAGGAUCGUCCCAGAGACAACAGUCAGUUGGCAAUAGUACAAAUACAACGAGUCACAUACGGCAGAAUGCGUAUGUGAAGAUCACGGAACAGCCGGCCCCGAAGGCGCUGCGGUUCCGAUAUGAGUGCGAGGGCAGAUCGGCGGGCUCGAUUCCGGGUGUGCACAGUACACCCGAAAAUAAGACAUUUCCCAGCAUCCAGGUGGUUGGGUAUCGUGGCAAGGCUGUCGUUGUUGUGUCAUGCGUCACCAAGGAUCAACCCUACAAGCCUCACCCGCACAAUCUCGUGGGAAAGGACGGCUGUCAGAAGGGUGUGUGCACACUGCAAAUAAAUGAGGAUACGAUGAGUGUCACCUUCAGUAAUUUGGGCAUCCAGUGUGUGAAGAAGAAGGACAUCGAGGAUGCCCUUCGGCUUCGCCAGGAGAUCAAAGUCGAUCCGUACAAAACUGGAUUCAACCACAAGGACCAACCCUCAAGCAUCGACCUGAACUCAGUGAGACUCUGCUUCCAGGUGUUUGUACAGCAGGAUGAUUACAUAGCUCUCCCACCGGUUGUGUCGGAUCCCAUUUUCGACAAGAAGGCCAUGUCUGAUCUCGUCAUCUGCAAACUCAGCCAUUGCUCUUGCAGCGUGGCCGGUGGUCAGGAGAUGAUUCUCCUGUGCGAAAAGGUCGCCAAGGAGGACAUCCAGGUGCGCUUUUACGAGGAGAAGGACGCUCAGGUGGUGUGGGAGGCCUUUGGGGAUUUCCAGCAUACCAAUGUACAUAAGCAAGUUGCCAUCACGUUCCGGACGCCACGAUAUCGUCAGACAUUUGAGGUGGAUCAAAUAGUUAAGGCAUUUAUCCAGCUGAGGCGACCAUCCGAUGGAGCUACGAGUGAUCCGCUGCCAUUCGACUACGUGCCCCUGAAUUCAGAACUUAAACAUAAGCGACCAAAAAUUGAGAACAGGGACAUGCUAUACAAAAGAACACAAGAACACAAUUUGCCCAGGAACCCCCAGCAAACCCUCAAUAAACCGGAUGGCGGUAGGCAGAACAUGGGCUUUCUCAAUAUCCCUAUGGCGGACCCGAUCAAGAAAGAGCCGCGGGAUCUGUCGCCGGGAAACCAAUACAUGUUCCCGGGCACGUACAGGAAUCCCCAGACGACUCCGUCGCCUCAGCCCAUGUCACCGGCCACGCCGAGUACGCCGGCAUACCAGGUGCCCAACGUUGUGUCUUCAUUUGCUCCACAGACGCCGCACUUGGCGCCCAACUACGAGAUGGACUUCGCUGGCAACUACCCGAGCCACUUCCAGGGGCCCUUCCCGCCAGUUCAGCCCUCGCUGCAGCCUCAGUGGAACGUCCUGGGCGUCCCCAAGUCGUCUGCCAGUCAGCUAAACAACUUAGGCAUUCUGACUCCUGCGCCUCAGGCCGCCGAAGCCGUGCCCGCGACAUACAACGGAGACUCCGCCACGAACCUCAGCAAUCUACUCAUGGACAUGGAUAGUCAGCAACUCACCCAGCUCAACUCCGCCGAACUGUCUGGUCUCUCGCUCUCGCUCCUGGACGGCCACUUCCCCGCCUCGGCAUCCGAGGCGGCGGCCGCCGUGAAGCAGGAGGCCGCCGCCCGGAUGGACGCCGACCAGGACAACAUGACUGAUAGCUUCACGAAACUGACAACGGCCACCAUCGAUGAGCUGACCAAUCUUAACAACAUGUACAACCGGAACAACAACAACAACUGACGCCCGCAGCCGCACGAGAACAAAUGUGAACGCAAUGACACAGUGUCUUUCUAUUAAUUAAUUUUAAGCUAAUUAAACUGUCCCUUUUUAUCUCGUUAGCCAUUUAUGUUUUGCAUUAAUCUGAGAUUAAACGGUCCACGGUGGUUCCGCAGAAGAGUAA